AUGUUGUACCUCGUUGGUCUUGGUCUCUCCGAUGAGACGGACAUUACCGUCAAGGGUCUCGAGGUUGUCAAGAAGGCCGAGCGUGUCUACCUCGAGGCUUACACCAGCAUCCUCCUUGUGGACCAGGCUACUCUUGAAUCCUACUAUGGCCGCUCCAUCGUCGUCGCCGACCGCGAGAUGGUCGAAUCCGACAGCGACGAGAUCCUCCGGGACGCCGAUAAAGUCGACGUAGCCUUCUGCGUUGUCGGCGACCCGUUCGGCGCCACCACUCACACGGACCUCGUCUUGCGCGCGCGCGAGCUGGGCAUCCAGGUGCGCACCGUGCCCAACGCCUCCAUCAUGAGCGGCAUCGGCGCCGCUGGCCUGCAGCUGUACAACUUUGGCCAGACGGUCAGCAUGGUGUUCUUCCUCGACAACUGGCGCCCUGCGAGCUUCUACGACCGCAUCAAGGAGAACCGCUCCAUCGGCCUGCACACGCUCGUGCUGCUGGACAUCAAGGUCAAGGAGCAGAGCCUGGAGAACAUGGCGCGCGGCAGGAAGAUCUACGAGCCGCCCAGGUACAUGACGGUCGGCACCUGCGCAAAGCAGAUGUUGGAGAUCGAGGAGGAGAAGCAGGAGGGUGUCUAUGGUCCUGAUAGUCUGGCCAUUGGCUGCGCCCGUGUCGGUGGAAAGACGGAGAAGUUCGUGUCCGGCACGCUCAAGGAGCUCUGCGAUGCUGAUGAUCUGCUGGGUCCCCCGCUGCACAGCUUGAUCCUUCUGGGAUGCAGGACGCACGAGCUCGAGCACGACUUCGUGAGAGAGUUUGCCGUCGACAAGGAGAACUGGGACAGGAUAUGGAAGGCUGAUUACCGCGGAAAGCAGUAG